GCUUUUCUAAAGAAUACCAACCUGCAGUACAUUAACCUGUCAAGAAAUAAACUUUCAAGUUUGUCCCGAAAGUCUUUCCGGCAUCUGAAUUUGAGUGAUCUGAUUUUAGAAGGUAAUCCAUUCAAAUGUUCCUGUGACAUUAUGUGGAUCAAGGUUUUCCAAGACUCGAAGACUCCAAAAAGUGAAACUCAGGAUUUUUACUGUAUGAAUGAUAACAACCAGAGGAUAUCUCUGAUGGAGAAGCCAAUUCCAAACUGUGGCUUGCCUUCUGUCAAACUGAGCACACAUAACCUUACUGUUGUUGAAGGAGGAAGCUUCACAUUGUACUGUGAUGCUCCAGGAAGUCCACCACCAAGUAUAUCUUGGAUUUUCAGUAAUAUUGCUUCAAAAUAUGAGAGUGAUACAAACAAGAACCCAGCUUCUCUAACAAUAAAGAAUGUCUUCUCAAAUGACAGUGGUGUGCAGAUUUCUUGUGUAGCAGAAAACAGUGUUGGUGAAGAUCAAGAUUCUGUUGACCUUGCAGUGUUCUUUCCGCCAAAUAUCACUUUUCUUGAAGUGCCAUACCCGGACCACCACUGGUGUAUUCCCUUCAGUGUGAGAGGGAAUCCACAACCUACCCUGACAUGGCUGCAUGAUGGGGUUAAGCUGAAUGAGACGGAUUUUAUCUUCACUAAAAUACAUGUUAGUAAUCGGACUGAACACCAUGGCUGCCUUCAGCUGGACAACCCCACACAUGUGAACAAUGGAAAUUAUACCUUGGUGGCACAAAAUCCAUAUGGAAGAGAUGAAGCAAAUGUUACUGCUUAUUUCAUGGAAGAUCCUGGAGAGCCAUACGAGGACUGCUGGGUGUCAAGAUCAGAUGAGACAGAUCUUACAGGUAGCCCAUUCUAUGAUCAUCCCGGUUACAGUGAGGAUUAUGGAACAACAACAAAUGAUUUCGAAGACACUACAAAUAAUAGUAAUACGGUUACUUCUACGGAUGUAUCAAAUAAAGAUAAUGAAGAUAGCAUCACUGUGUAUGUUGUAGUGGGGAUCGCGGCAUUAGUGUGCACUGGCUUAGUAAUUAUGCUUAUUAUUCUCAAGUUCGGAAGACACUCAAAGUUUGGAAUGAAAGUUGAAUUAAAACAAGUUGGUCUGGUAGAGCAAAUGUGGCUGUCAUUGCAAGACUGCGAUAACGAAGGUUCUGUUUUGUUUCAUAAGAUCCCACUGGAUGGGUAAAUGAAAUAAGAAAAAAAGAGAGAGGGCUGUUGAGCAUGAUUGUUGAAGCUAUGUGCUGCCCACUAGGCAGUGGACAUGUUUAUUGUGCUGUCAAUUGCUACGCUCCUUGGACCUCUCUUGUAGAGAUUGGUUAUGUUUGGAGAACUCUAGAAGUAUGCACAGUUUGGCAACUUCACUGCAAAAUCAGCCCCAGGCAGCUAUAAAACUCAAGAAAGCACAAAAAUAAACUAUUGUAUUCUGUUACAAUUAUCUUGUUCAUAAAGUUGACAUUUCAACAAAAUCCACUGCAUUAUUUCAGUUUGAUUAUCCGUCUGAAUUUAGCAGGAAAAAAAGAAUUAAUUUUAUAGGUACUAUUUAUUAAAGGUAAACUGCAAAUAUUUUAUGUAGUGUACUAAAAAGUUUAAAUAUUUUAUGUUCUGCUUCUUCAUACUGUUAGAUUUCAGCCUUCUUCAUUUGGGCAAUUGCUCACUUAAAACUUGAGCAUCUGCAAAAUUUGCAGAAUACUGCUCUGAGAUCCUAAAGUUGUAUUAAAAGUUGUUCUGCAAAUCUUCAUGGGAACAGUCCUUAGGAGGGAGUGGGUUUACUGGAGAUGCUCUCAGCCAAGAUGGUGAGUAUGUGGCCCUUCAUAUGUCGUUGGAUUAUGGAUCCAUACAACCCUAGUCAGCAUAGCCAGCCCAACAACAACCCUGUAUAAAAACAUCUGAAUGGCCACACAUUUCCCAUUCCUCCUUAUAAAUAGUAAAAACCAUCUGUCAAAAGUAGCUGUUGACAUGAGGUAUUAACUGAUCAGGAAACUACAUAAAUAAAUGCAGCUGUGUCAAAUAGUAAAAAGGUUUUAGUUUUUCUAACAAUAGCACCAUGAGAUUUGCUAAAUUAUUAUCUAUUGUAUAUGCUUAAGGUAACCUUAAUAGUAUCUAUGUCUUGAACCCAGCAGCAAUAGUGUUGCUGCUGCUCCUAAGCCACCAUGCCAGUUUUAAUAUCUGGGACCCUAAACAAGAACUUUCAUGCCCCCCAGCCGACCUGUUUUUGCUCUUCUUUUCCUUGAAGAAAAGCAGGAAAUAAGUUUUAUGUUUAGGUGCUGGAAAGAUCUGAGAAUGGCAAAAGCAGUCAUCAUUCACCUCUCCAAUUUGGUGCAUACCUCAUUAUCUUACAUGCUGCUCUGUUAAAUAUAACAGUUGUGAGCGAAAAGGAAAGCUCCAUAAGUUCUGGGGCUGUAGCCUUAGAAGUUUCAUUAAAUUAAAGAAUGGGAGGAUGAAAUGAAGAGGCUUUAUGCAGCCUACUCCUGAAAGUCAACUGCCAUUUCUAUGUAAUUCAUUUAAAUGCACCUUUGGAGCAUGUGAAUUGACUCCAGGGCUAUAUGCAUAGGCCAAAAGGCCCAUGUUGCUUCCAGCCUGGCAUCAUCCUGUGUAGAUGACACAAGCCAACAGCCAUGGACCAGAAUCAGCCAAAACAGACACUAAUCUGUGGUUCUGAUCUGACCAUAGUCCAGAAAGCCCUUAGCAUGGUCUUUUUAGAACCAGUUGUUUGCAGCACAGUUUCCUAGAAAUGCUGCCAUGAUAGGUGGAAGACUCCAUGACUGCACACCCAUUUACCUGCUGCUAGUACAUCCCCUAGGCCUCAGAUUGCUACAAAUCUGUACUAAGAUACACUAUCAGGACCAUCUUGGCUUAAUCAGCCAAAUUGCUCCAGUGGAUUCCUGAACUUGAAUAGAGAAUUAUAAAAACCUCUCCAGCUACAAAUCCCAGGUUUCCUUAACAUGGAGUCAUGACAUUUAAAGUGGCUUUAAUCUGCUAUAACUGUGUAGUGUAGAUACAGCCCAAAUCUUCUUUGUAUGGUAACAAGUUAUUAUAGGUGAUAAUGAAAUAAUUAUUUGGGCAACAACACUAAUGAUACUUUUAGCCAAUUCCAGUCUCAUCAAAGCUGCAUACUUCCAUAUGUGUAAAUAGGUUCAAUUCGUGAAAAUGCCAACUCAGGGUCUGUGCAAACAGCAAUGAAGGGGCGGCUUCCAGCCUCCCAUUUUACAGUCAGAUCAAGGCCGCAGCAACCACAUGCUACAGCCCCAAUCUGGCCUUUGCAGGGCGCAAAAAGGAGCCACAAAAAGUGGCCCCUUUUUAUGCCCUUCAAAGAGCAUGAUAACUGUGGCACCAAGGCUUUACGGCGCUCCUACAUCGCUGCAUCAUGCGGAUGCAGUGGCAGAGGAGCACCAUGCAGUAUCAUACCGCCCUGGGGGUGGACGGUACGCCCUGACUCCACCCCCAGGGCGACCUUUAAGGUUGGUCUGCAUAGGGCCUCAAACUUGCCAAAUAUGUCAACAAUCAUAACUGGAUUCUUUUAAACUAUUUUAGCUUCCAAGCUACAAGUGGGUUUUAUUCCCUUUGUUCUGUACCUCUUCAUGCUUUCUCAGAUGUGUUCUAGGAGUCUGUGAAAUCUACAGCAUCCUAGGGCAGGUUUCAGUGGAACACAGGAGGAAGAACAAUUACCCCCACUGCAGAUCUUUUGUUGGAAAUAGUUCCAUCAAUCUACAUUGGAGCCCACCCGUAGUAUGCAUAAUUAUGGGUUUAGGAUCUUUAACAAUCUUUCCACAAUUUAUUCUGGUAAGUUUUUGCAGAUCAACUUUAAGAUACAGCCGCAGGUCUUAUUUUUGAAUAGUUCUACAUAUACUGACAUAAUAUUUUGGAUUCUGCAUAAUCAAAACAUUUAUUUUAAUACACCAGAACUGAUUUAUGCAUCACCAAUUUAUAUAUGCACAUACACAAUACAGGAAGAAAAUCUUGGAAUGUUUUAGUACUACACAUGCAUUGUUCAUGCUGCAGUUACUCACAGAGGUUUAUAGAUUAGAGCACAAUAGCUAUUUACUGCUUUUGACUGUACAUCUAAACUUAAAUAAUGAACGAGGCUAUAUGUUGCUAGCUGAUUUCUUUUCCUAGUCCCUCUAUGGGAACAGAUAAAUCUGAUUGAACCUAAACUUUGACAUUAGGGCUUGCAAUAUACUCAUUUUGUUUGAAUUAUAAAUUACCUUGCCUUCCAUUCUAGAUAUUUUAAUUGGCCCAAGUGGUAAUGGUUUACAAAAUAUCACAGUGCAUUCCAGACCACAGUGAAAAUUGCUGAGUGUUUUUCAUUCAGUGUUAAAGGUGACUAGCCAUUUUUUAAAAAAAAAUAUCACUGUUUAAAGUCUGUAUUGCACAUUAAUAAACAUUAAUAAAGGUAACAAAAUAUACUUGCCUUUGUGAGGUUUGAAUUUACUUUAUUUAUCCCAUAAAGUGGACUAAGUAAUGGGCUAGUAGCUAAAGAUGUCGUUUACACAGAAUAGGUUUAUAUCCAGAAUUACCAUACUUAGAGUAGAGCCAUUGAAAUCAAUGAGGUUUAAGUUAAACUGAUUUCAGUGGACCUGUGCAAAGUAUUACUGAGUCCAACCCAGUGAUUGCUUUAUAGCACACUGGUGGGCAAUUUAUAGCUCUUCAGAUGUUGGAUUGAAAUUCCCAUUGCCCUUAGCUAGAUAGUCUGUAAGGGAUGAUGGAAAUUGUAGCCCAAUAACAUCUGGAAGGCUGAUGUACACCAUCUCUUCAUAUGGGCCACUACUAUGAAUCCCCCCCCCCCCUGAAAUUCCUCUUGUCAGUGUGGUGACACUUAUCAUGCGUCAUUUUAUGGUGGCAAAAACAACCAGUCAAGAUGGUUUAGAAGGUAAGACUUUCAGAAGCUUCUGCAUAAUAACGUAGAGGGGAUGGAGAGAAUUCCCAUACAUUCUAGUAGUAUCUUCAGCCCUUAGCCGUUGUGGGAUUGAGAACCAGAAACAAAACUCCCAUCUCAGCUUCAUAGAUUUGGUAAUUUUAAGACCUUUAAUAAAAUUCCUUGUGCUUUUUUUUAAUGAAUUCAGUUAGAGUUUUGCUCAUAGAGCACUUUGAAAGAGUUAAUGCCUUUGAGCUAGAGAUAAAUGCACAAUUAUUCAUAGAUUGCAUUAUUGUUCUGUAGUAAAAUCCAAAGAAAAGGCUAUCAUUUAAGGAGGUUAGCUACCCAUCUUCAAUAUAUGUAGUACUGAAGUAGAAUUGUUAGACAUGCAUUGCUUAGAUUUGAUCAUGUUAAACAUUGUUUUUUUCAUGUUAGAUAAUUUAUUAGUGUAGAUCUGGAUCCUUCUUGCUAAGCUUCUAGGCCCUAGUUAGUAAGUCAUACAAAUCAGGCCUCAAAUAAUUUUCAUUCCCUUGUGACUAAAAUUCUUCUUAACAAAAGACAAGGUAAUGCUGUCACAUUAGUCUGACAAGUUAAAAUGGUGACCAUUUUCACUUAACAUGAUUAAAACAGAGAACAAAGCAUAUAAAUUGUGCAUAUAAUAUGCUUUAAAUAGGACUAUUCAUGAGAGCAGGGGGUCCAAAAGAUCCAAUUUUUCUUUUUAGCAAGAGAAAAAUAUUUCCAGAAAUGUUAUUACUGUCCCAGCACUAAAACUGAGGUAUCCAAUUUAAUUAGAAUUAUUUCUGUUUGGAGAAAAUGUAAACAUUAGGUUUCCCAUUCAGUGGUAGCUGGUGGCUCCAGUAUCAUUGGGCUGCUGAAUCCAUUCCAAGUAUUAGCUUGAUGUUUGAAAAACCUAUCCAAGGUCAUGAAUGCUGUCUCCAAAAUAAGUUAAGCACCAUGAAUAGCUCAUUUAUAGUUCAAACUAAAAUCAAAAGCAGGUUCGCUGCCCCACUGAUAUCAGAGCUACAAGACAAUUGUUCCCUUUACCAGCUCUUGGGAGAGUAUGGUGUAAACUAGGGAAAUUCAUUGCCCUCCAGAGGUUCUUGCAUUGCACAUGCUGUCAGCCCCAGCCAGCAUAGCCAAUGAUGAAGAAUGAUGGGAGUGAUUCUACAACAUCUCGAAGGCCAGACAUUCUUCUUGUUAUAAUAAUACACUGCAUCUUCACUGAACAAAGGUUUAACUGUUCUAAUAGGUAUCCUUAAUUGUAUUUUUCAAAGCACAUUGUAUUUAACAUGUCACUCUGAUUCGGGGUCACUGAGUGACUUGAAGAUUCUAGCCAUUGAAACAUCAUUGAAACUAGGUCAUCAUGGACUAGAUUUCUUAAUCAUGGGUUGAUCCUACAAGGAAUUUCUGCACCUGUGCAAAUUGUAUAAAUUGAUUAUGUCCAUGACUUGUUUUGAACUGCAAGAUUGUUCUGAAGUGCUGAAACAGAUAGGUGUGUCAGUGUAUGAUGAGUUUAUAUCCCAUUCAUAAUAUGGGUAUUACAUCAGAAGAAUCAUGGAAUUAAUCCCAUGGAGCAAACAGUUGUUGACUUAUCCAUCAUCUGAUUCAAAGAGAGAAUUAAAUGCCUAUACUUCAUGACACACACACACACACACACGUAGAUAGAGAGAGGGGGGAGAGGGAGGGAAGGAAGUUAUUUACUAUUUAAUUAAAUCAUAUCAAAGCUUUAAUAUAGCUGCUAUGUGUAGUAUCGUUAAACCAUAGUUUUCUUUAUGAAUGGAAAUACUCUGCAUUUUCUCUAAUCCAUCAAUACACUGUGAAUCUUUUAAAUAUGCUGCCCAUAAUUUUUAAAGGAUUUAAAAAUAUAUUUUAUGUAAUAAUUGAGAAUCAUUGUUUUUAUUUCAAAACGCAGUCUUGACAUUAUGGACAGAAUGUACUUGCUGAACUUUCUAAACUUAUUUUUAACAGGCCAAUAAAGUUUUAUAAUUCA